AUGCAGACUGCUUCUAUAAACAUUUGUGAAAGAAUGGAUCGCUCUCAGGAGCUCAGUGAAUUUAAGUGUAGUACUGUGAUAGGUUGCCACCUGUGCAUUAAGUCCAUCCAUGAGAUUUCUUUGCUACUAAAUAUUCCCACAGUCAACUGUUAUUGGUAUUAUAACAAAGUGGAAGCAACUGGGAACAACAUCAACUCAGCCACAAAGUGAGCGGGGUCAGCGCAUGCUGAAGCACAUAGUGCACAGAAGUCGCCAUCUUUUUGCAGAGUCAAUAACUAAAGGCCUCCAAACUUCAUGUGGCCUUCAAAUUAGCACAAUAACAGUGCAUGGAGAGCUUCAUGGAAUGGGUUUCCAUAGC